CCGGGGGGGAGUUCACUACCGAAGUGAGACGGGAGCGCACAGCUAAUGUUACUUCGCUCUGAACCACGAAGUCAGUGGAUGGAGAGAUGACUUUUGUACGCUGUCGUACAUUUUGACAAAGGUAGACCGUUGAUGGAGCUACGACACCAGAGUGCAACCUUCAAGCGUAAAGAAGAAGGCAGAGGCUUCAAAUGUACGAUCUCUCACUUGAAAGGCUCAAAAAGUGCUUUUGGGGCCAUCACUGGGUUCAGUGAGUAAGUUUGGAUCCGUUUAAAUUGCUUGUUCAUCUGCAGCGAUUUGCUAGCUAGCUAGCUGGUUUGCUAGCUAGCUAGAAGAAUUUUACUUUUAUCGCGUGACACGAUUUUAGUUUGUAAUGGCGCUGCGGGCGAGAGUUUUGUAUGACUUUACUUCAGAAAAUCCUGGAGAGAUAUCGGUAAAAGAAAAUGAAAUUGUGACUCUGUAUAGCGAACAAGAUAUAGAGGGUUGGUUGGAGGGAACGAACGGUCACGGGGAGCGGGGACUGUUCCCUGCUUCCUAUGUUGAAAUUCAGAAGAGCGACAUAUCCACUUCAUUUAACAACAACAGUUCUUCUGUAGAUGCAUAUCAAGCCUCUAGGUAUGCCAACAUUCCUGCAGGUGGCUUCCAACCCUCCUACAAAACUCAGAAUCAGGUUGAGAAUUAUAACAAAGCUCCAGCGUUGAAUUUUACAACUUUUCCCGCAACAACCUCACAACACCCUCCGCAAAGUUACCCAGUAAGCCAAGGAAGUGACGACGACUGGGACGACGACUGGGAUGACAACUCCACUGUGGCAGACGAACCAGGCGUCGUCAGCGGAGGUUUCCAUGACUUUGAAGGCAACGGUCCCUCCACGUAUAGGGUGUCGACGUCUUCCAUGUCACGAGGUGGAAAUGCGCAGCACGCCAAGAGUUCAGCCACUGUCAGCAGAAAUUUGAACAGAUUCUCCACUUUUGUGAAGUCAGGAGGCGAGGCAUUUGUGCUUGGGGAGGCAUCUGGCUUCGUGAAGGAUGGGGAUAAGAUCUGCGUGGUCAUGGGUCAGCACGGCCCAGAGUGGCAAGAAAAUCCCUACCCGUUUACCUGCACUAUCGAUGACCCAACUAAGCAGACCAAAUUCAAGGGCAUGAAAAGUUACAUCUCCUAUAAACUGACACCAACCCACACCCAAAGCGCGGUGAACAGGAGAUAUAAACACUUCGACUGGCUCUACGCUCGGCUUGUAGAGAAAUUCCCUGUCAUCUCUGUUCCUCACAUCCCAGAGAAACAGGCCACGGGGCGCUUUGAGGAAGACUUCAUUUCGAAGAGGCGGAAGGGCCUCAUCUGGUGGAUGAACCACAUGACCAGCCACCCAGUGCUGGCCAGGUGUGACGUGUUCCAGCAUUUCCUCACGUGCAGCAGCACAGACGAGAAGGCCUGGAAACAGGGCAAGCGCAAGGCGGAGAAAGACGAGAUGGUCGGAGCCAAUUUCUUCCUGACCAUCAGCACUCCGGGAGCGCCACUUGACCUCCAGGAGGUGGAGAGCAAGACCGAUGGGUUCAAGGCCUUUACGAAAAAAAUGGACGACAGCGUGAUCCAGGUCAACGCAACGCUCAGCGAGUUUGCAAGGAAACAGAUAGCCGGCUUCAAGAAGGAAUAUCAGAAAGUUGGACAGUCAUUUAAGUAUCUGAGUCAGGCCUUUGAGCUUGACCAACAGACAUAUUCAGUCGGUUUGAAUCAAGCGAUUGCGUACACUGGAGAGACGUACGAAGCCAUUGGAGACUACUUUGUGGAGCAGCCGAAACAAGAUGUGGACCCGGUGCUGGACCUCUUAGCCCUAUACCAAGGACACCUCGCCAACUAUCCUGACAUCAUCCAUGUUCAGAAAGGUGCACUGACCAAGGUGAAAGAGAGCCAGAAGCACGUGGAAGAGGGCAAGAUGGAGCGCCAGCAGGCCGACGGCAUCAUGGAGCGCUGCAACAUCAUCUCAUUCGCCACACUGGCCGAGAUCCAGCACUUCCACCAGACCCGCGUGCGUGACUUCAAGGCCCAGAUGCAGCACUACCUGCAGCAGCAGAUCACCUUCUUCCAGAAGGUGACGGGCAAGCUGGAGGAGGCCCUCCGGAAGUACGACGACGCUUAGGCCGCCGCCAGAACCCUCACUCGCGUGCUGGCCACUCCCCGUCGCCACCCCCCCCUUUCCCAAGCCUAGAGCCAGGCGACCGUUAGCCGAUAACCGCCAUAGCGCCAUAGCCCUCCCUCUCAGAUAUGUGUGUGAAUUCUUCACCCACCUAACGAAUGUCUCACUGCAGUAGAAUAAGGUCCGUGAUGAGACGUGUAUAACCCUCUGUCGGAGAGGUGGGUUGUUGCCAGUAGAGGGGAGGGCCAAUGGCCUGAGCAGUAGCCACAAGGGAGGCCUGCAUUAGUUCUGUGACACCAGUGCUGAGGAGGAAGGAAAGCGUUCCACUAAGAACACAGUUUGGCUCACCUUAACAAAACAACAGAAGUCUUUUGCUUACGCUACUAAUGUCACGUUUUAGAGGACUUCAUUUACUCUGCCUUCUAACACUGUUCAUAUGCGAAAUGGUAACUGAAAGGUCAUUUUCGAGGAGGUCAUCUCCUCCUCGGAGCGGUUGCGUGGCUUACCACUGCCGACUUUGGAACGCUAGAGCCCUUUCCGACUUAGCUGAAUAUACAGAAUGUUUACAUUCUGUACAGAGAGAUUGGCUUCACUGUGUCGUGCCUUUCAGUCUCGUCUUUGUCGUAUUCCUAUGAGUUCUUUUAAGCAAUGAUAUAUAUAUAUAUAUAUAUAUAUAUAUAUAUGCAGUAUGUAGUAUACUUAUUUUAAGAUGUGUUUUUACACUGCCUAAUUUUAUUAUCCAUGAAGCCCCAAGAGAGCAAGCUAGGGAUGCGUUUAUUUUGUGUGAAGAUAAUCCUUAGUAGAGGAAUGAUGCCCUUUUUUGGCACUCAAACUGAUUUUUUCCCCACAAUAUUUUCAGUCCAGACCAGAAUGUGGAGUAUAUUUAAGGAAAAAACCAUUGUGUCCCAGCUAGAUUACUCAGUCAUUCACAGAAGGCAUGAAAGUACUCCUGUGGCACAUGGAAUGGUGGCAGUGGUCAAGGAUCUAAAUAAAGCAAGACAAUUUGAUGAUGAACUAAAGCACCACUUACUCAGGACUCCAUUUCUGUUCAACUUCUUCAUGUAUAAUAAAAUGUGAUGUCUUUUUUUAUAUACAUAUUUGAGUCCCCCUUUUUCCUAAAAUAAUGUAAUGGGGGGGGGGGGGGGGAAAGGUUUAUUUAAUUUUGUGCUGAAGAAAACAUCCCUGGUUUGUUUAGAAAUGUUUUGAGAUUUUCCCCCAAAAUAAACCCCCUACAUAACUUGGCCCCAUGUCUUUUUUUUUUUUUUUUUUUCCCCAAAUUUAAAAACGGUUUUAAAUUUAUUCUAAUUCAGUAUAAACAAAGGUUUUGUCCAGUUAAUGAUACUGGUAUGUGUUAAGGUCAUUUUAAAUGAGAGUGUGUGUUCACUGUGAUAUUUGCUGUACCAUGUAACAAUGGUCUUUGUGUUGUGAUGCUAUUGGGAAACCCAGUUCAGUUCAACAUAACUAAUGAAAACGCUGUUAGUUAAAUAAUGCAUUUUGUAAGUUGCCCACAAUAGAGUAUUGUGGUUAAUUCCAAAUUUUAUACAAUAUGUAUGUAUGAUGUGUGUUCUAUAGAAUAAUUCUAUGUAAGAAUCCAUUCUGAAGUUUGCACUAUACUACCAAAGUCUUUGCCUCAAUGAAAAAAAAGUUGAUUCUUGUUUUCUGUAUUGAGGAAUGAAAGAUGUGAAAGUGUAAAAAAGUCUGUGAGGACACAUACAAAAAGUAGCACAAGUGCUGAAUGUGAAGCAUAUUGUUAAAAAGUAUAUAUUAUGUCUUUAUGCUAAGAUCACACAUUUACAGACCAGUCCCUCCAAAUAAUGCACCCAAGUGAGUGGGUCUUUGGUGAGCCCCCUGUACUUAACUUUGUGUUACUGAGGCGAGAGCCUGCCCUGAGUGGUGACAAAAUGCUCCCCCCCCCCUCCCGUUUCUUCAGUGCUACGGCGUGGGAAUAUGGCCUGGGUGCCAGAUCUGGCCCUUUCUCUAGUCGGCCCUGGCAGAGUGCCCCGGUGCCCGGCUCUCUCUGUAAACAGAGAAGUGCGCUUAGCUUUCAGCAGGAUGGACCUCGGGACUCCACGCCAAACAAGCCUCCUGUUCACAGAUGGGGGGGGGGGGUUCCCAUCUUGAGGGUCGCAUUUUUCUGGUGGUCUAGAGAACGAUGUAAUCAACCAACAGUCACAACCUCAGAUUGUUAAAGGAACAUGUGAAGAUGGUGCUUAGAAUAUAUGUAUGAAACUUUAUAUUUUGAUUGGCCAAAGCUAUAUGAGAGCAGUGUUUAUCUUGAAUGAAAUGCAGAUGAGUGGGUCUUGUGCAGUGAAAGCCCAACUUUCAAAUGAAAUGAAAUCUUAUGAUUUCCAUCUUGAUACUAAGUGCAACAUUACUAAGGACAAAACCAUCUGUUGUGUAAGUGUCUUGACACUUCCUACCUACCUUCCUUCCUACCUUCCUACAGAGGCACCAAAUAGAUCUUUCAUUAAAGAGGGCAUUUAAAAUCAGCAAAACUAACAUUUAUUACUGGUUGGGAAUAUAGCACAAGCACAUGUGGCUGACACACUGGAUGCUGGCAUCAAGAGGGUUGUUCUAGGAAGAGAAGUGAUGGGUAGAAAUAGCAUAAUACUGAUGUUGCCUUACAGGAAACACUUUCCAGAUGCUUAAAGGAACACUUAAGCUUCCAAAUGGUGAAGUCUGCUGUGGUGACAAAAUUAAGUAACGGUUGUCACGAGCACAUUUAAAGGAAGUAAUGCACAUAAAUUGCUUUGUUUUUGUCUUAUGCCAUACAUUAAAUCUGAUCUCUAACUCCAGUUACAAUAUAAUGGUGAAUAGAGUCCACUGCAGAACAUUAGGCAUUAGUACAAUGGUUUGUUCUUCCUCACUACUGAAGUGGAGUUCUAAGAUUUUUGCUCAGAUUAAGUCCAAUUCCGGUUCCACCCUCGUGUUAAAUACUACAGCCAUGAGUCAGAGGGAGAGGGCAUAGUAUGAAAACAACAGCCACAUUCCACCCAAAUGGCUGCAGAAAGGUUCACUCUGUGCUCCCCCAAAUGUCAUCAGUCUUAUGUACACAAGAGAAUAGAAAUGAUUGUGUAUUUUCACUAGCUCCACGUAGCGUGACUUUUUCAAAUAUGGUAGACUGAAUCCCUUCAGCUCUGCAUACAUCUAAAGAAAAGUUGCAUCUCAUUGAGUUGUGUUCAGGUAUGUAUAAUAAAGCUUUUCUAUUUA